CUCGGCGCGCGCUGUCGUUAACGUCACUUCCGUUUUUGCCUACUUCCGGUUUGGAUUAAGUCAUCCAUGCUCCCGAAACGGUGAAAUUUUCAAACACUGAAAGCUUAUUGAAGAAAAAAAACACGGUAAAGCCACAGCGACAAUGUUCAAACUGGAAGGACUCGGACCUAAGAUGGACCCAGAGGAGAUGAAGAAGAAAAUGCGACAAGACGUGAUCUCAUCUUUGAGAAACUUUCUAAUUUACGUCGCCCUACUCAGAGCCACUCCAUAUGUGUUGAAGAAGCUGGACAGCAUAUGAGUGAAGCAGCUGGUCUCUUCUCUUCUCCAUCCACUGAGGGUUUACGGCAUCAGAGACAGUAUGGACCAUCAUCAUUGGCAGACAGCUGGGGACAUGACAACAGAUCCUGCGGGAGGCGAGGCCAGUGUCUGUCCAUCACUGCACCGUAGAGAACAAACAUGUUCUCGUUUCCUUCUUUUUUUUCUUUUUUCUUUUUUUGUCAAAUAUAUUGUGAUCAUUGUUGCUAAUGUGCAUGCCAGCACCGUCAUGCAAUAAAAAGAAACCAUGUUGAA